GACAAUGUAUCUCAGCUAUUCGACAUGUGAGCUGGACGGCUGUGAUAAGCCCAUCGUGACUCACGCAAACAAUCGGUGUCGACAGUGCAUGACUAUACGCUGUCAUGAGCACAUACGGGGUGUGGAGCACGAGUGUAAAAUGGUUGGGCCUGAUUUACCAGAGUGUCGCCGCAUCUGGGCUCAAAUGAAUGGUCGCCGGUGGCCGCCAUUGCUGGAAGCACUUGGUUCAGCGACUUUAGCCUCGAUUGCCUCUCGACAUCGUCCUGGACAUACGGCUACCAUCAAGAUACCAAAGGAUUGGAAUGAAGCUCGGGAAACUGACUACUUGGGAGAAUUUAAUGGUCAUCUCCCUAUCACCUUUGAUGACGGUGUGGAAUGGCUUGUUAGAUUCAGAAUGGGAUAUCCCGGAGCUCCUUCGCGAGCUAUUCAGGAGGCUAUUGUGGCAAGCGAAGUGGAAACAAUGAAAGUAUUGAAGAAUUUUGGAGUCAAGGUACCUGAAGCUUGGAAAGGUUCUCCAGUUCUUAAAGCUGGUAUCAAUGACUACCCGCUUCACUACUUUUUCAUCGAAAAGAUGAAAGGCCGGACAUGGACCGGUGUUCCUGUUCCCCUCACCGAGGGAAGAGUCUCAAAAGAGGAGAUACAGAUAGUGAUCGAUGAAUACGCUCAACUUCAAAUCAAUUUGAGCAAGGCGACGUUCCAUUCCGGUAUCGGCUCACUUCUUCCCAAAGACCACCCGCUUUCACUCCCUUCCCAGUCAACGUCUUCGAAUGACCUUCUCUCCACCGGUCCUCUCCUGACUUUCUCAGGUCCAGAAGCUCCAUUCCUCUUCGGACCCUUCAAGACCAAUCGCGAUCGAUAUCUUGCAGAAAUUGACCUGAUUUUGAAGUUGACGCGAGCCGGAUACCUGUUUUGCUAUGGUCCUCUCGACCAAUAUCUCAAGCAUCUCCACGCCAGAAGUGUUGUAGAACAAUGCGAGGAGCUGGGGAGGGAAGAGCUGGACUUCUUCAUCAAACAUCCUGACACUCACGGGAAACAACUUCUUAUGAUCGACGGACAUAUCGAGGCGGUACUUGAUUGGGAAUGGGCUUAUGUCACCACCAAAGCCGAGGCUUUCGCGUCUCCGCGAUUCUGCUGGGAACCAGAGAUGCCGGGCUGCGAGCUUGAGAAGUUGAGUCUGGAGGAUGAACUUCUCAUUCAAGCGUACGAGAGGCAUGAGAGGCCAGACCUGGCUGACUGUGUCCGGAAGGGUCAUCUAUAUCCUUUGCUCAACAGGAUGAUCGGGGAAGGGCACGAUCACCUGCUGGCGAAUCUCUUGACAAAUCUAGCUCUAGGCGUGGACUUGAAGGAUUUGCCGGCGACUAGAGAGGACUGGUUUACAGAUGCUUUGGAGAGAUUCAAGGAUGAUCCUUAUUUACAGGAUAUGAUUGAGCUGGACAAGGUGUACAGAGAGAGGGAAGAGGAAUGGUCGGAAAUUGCGAAUCGGCGUUACUUGGAGAGACUAGCACAAAGAGAGCGCGAUGCAGCCCUCAAAGAGGGGGGGAGUGCGGAGUAGUGCGAGCCGGAAUGAGGGAAAAGGAGAAAAAAAACCCGACAACCUUGUACACAUUCUCUACUCUUCACAAAUCCCUAAACUGUGUAAGAUGUCAAACUACCGACAAUGUGUGGCUGGACCAAAUGGCAGGAAGGGUUAAUGCGUUCACCGUACGUUCGAUCGUACUGCCCCAAUUCUGCCGGCAGUACUCCGACAUUGUGUUCACACACUCAGAAAGGCCACCCCGACGUUUAGAGGCUCACAACAAAGUAGGUGCAUGAAGGACAUGAAUCAU